AGUGACGUGAUGGCGUGGAGAGAGGCAGCGCUUGAGUGUGGUGAGAAACAGAAGUUAGCAGGUGGAUCAUUCAUCAUGUCGCUGUCAGCUUGUUGGCUGCCGCUCCUCUCUCUGAUAGGGGUUGUCUGCGGUGGCGAGCUGACGGCGCUGAUGGGUGAAGUGUUCGCGUCAGAAGGCGGUCAGGUGACGUUGUCCUAUCUUUAUAUUAGUGACUUCUCUAGUGGCACUUACUUCUUCUGGUACAAACAUCUUCCGGGACGAGCGCCGCACUUCCUCAUGUCCCACUCGGGAGGCACAAAUUUGACGGAAGGCCCCUUCUCGGUGAGCUUGGAGAAAGAGCAGAGAAGAUUAAACGUGCUGAUGGAGAACGCUGACAUCAGCCACUCUGCUGUCUACUACUACGCUGUGAAGACCACAGCGACAACAUGGCCUUCUUCUCCGUUCAAGAACUCUUCAUGGACACUUCCAAAAGCCUCCACCAGGGGGACACACAGGAGUGCAGACAUGAAGCGUGCCUUGGUGUGUGUGCUGAUGGCUGCAUGGAGCCUCGGAAGUGGCGGACAGACGGUGCACCAGCCAGCAGAGAACGUGUACGCCAUGAACAGCGGCUCAGUGGCGCUGGACUGCAGCUAUGUCAACUCUGGAGGCAACGACUACAUCUUCUGGUACAGACAGGACGGGCAGGCGGCACCAAAGUUAAUCCUGAGCUGCUUGAAGAUCCGUCAGGGCGAGACGGAGAGCAGCUUUGAAACGAAGUUCAGCUGCAGCAUCAAUGACACCGCCAGGCGAGCUCCUCUGAAGAUCCGAGACGUGCAGCUGAAUGACUCUGCUGUCUUCUACUGCGCCCAGCAGCCCACGUGUGUGUCUGGAUACAAAUUAGUUUUUGGAAGUGGAACCAGACUGACAGUAGAGGCCCAGGAGGACUUGGCGCCAUCUUUCUACAAAAUGGAGGGCAACGUCACAGCUUGCCUCGCCACCGGCUUCAGCCGGCACAACGCCACGGAGAAGGCAGGAAAAAAAGAGGUGUUUGAGGGCUCGCAUGCCGUACGGAUAUCGGGCGAGCCGCUGUACAAUCAGGUGGCGUUGCUCACGGCCGAGAAAGCCGACUUGUGCGAGAAAGGUGACAGCGGACCGGGGCGCUGCCAGGUCGCCUGGUCGCCAGAUGAGAAGGUCAACCUGGUCUCCCUCACAGUCCUCGUUCUCCGUCUUGUCUUCACCAAGACGCUUGCCAUCAAUGGCGCCAUGACACUUCACCUGUGGUUUGCUGCACCUUAAUUGGCUGCAUCGAGCCACAGAGGCGGAGUCACGCUGUGUCCACUUGUGCUUUUGCUUCGAAGAGUCAUAACAUGUAUUAAU